AUGGACAAUAAGACGCAACAAUUUUUUAAAAAUAUAAAGGAGAAGGAUCCUUUAAAUAAUAAAUGCAUUGACUGUGGAGCAGCUCAUCCACAAUGGGCGUCGGUUUCACAUGGAUGUUUAAUGUGUCUGACAUGCAGUGGUGUUCACAGAGGACUAGGAGUGCAUAUUAGUUUUAUUAGAUCCAUUACAAUGGACAGUUGGACCCCGAAACAAAUGAAGGCAAUGGAGAUUGGAGGAAAUACUAAACUUACAGAAAUAUUUAAUGAAUAUGGGCUUAAUGGUUGUGAUAUUAAGAAAAAAUACACCUCCCAAAUAGCUGCUUAUUAUCGAGGAAUGUUGAAAGACUUAUGUGAAGGAAAUACACCGGGCCCAAAACCCUCAAUAUCAAUUGGUUGUUUGGAAUAUGUUCCUGAAAGUAAUAAUAACAAAAAUAAUAAUUACGGUAGUAAUAGUGUGUCUUCUUCAGCAAGAACCAGUAAAUCUUUUUCCUCAUCUUCAGCUUCGUUCGGAAACAACCCAAAUGAUGAUAAAUAUGCAAACCUAUUUGACAGAAACAUUGGGUCAAAAAGUUUUGGAGGAAUUCUUGAUACUCUUUCAUCAUUCAGUAUGAAAGUUAUUUCCAAUACAAAGAAUUAUGCGGAGAGUACAAUAAACCAUGUAAAUGAAAGAGGAAUAUUAGAGAGUGCAAUUGAUUCAGUAAAAGCCGGAGGAUCUUAUAUUGAAGAAGCUGGUAGAGCCGUCGUUGAAAAGGUCCAGGAUGAGAAAUUCUGGUCAAAUACUGCAACCACUAUGCAAAACUCUGCUCAAUGGGUUAAUAAUACUAUUCAAAGCGGAAUUUCUGGAGUUAAUGAGGUAAUUCAGACUGCAAUUGAUCCCAACAAUUUUAAUGAUCCAUUCAACAAUAUUUUCAGUGACGAUAUUAACGAAAUCAGCACUGAAAAAACCAGCCAAAUACACUCCCAGAAAUCUUCAGAGUCCAGAAACUUUGAUUCUUAUAAUUCAAAUAACAGCAAUUUUGAUAGAACUAUUGGAACCAAACCUACUUCUACCCCAGAUUCUUUAAUUUCAAACAUUAACAGUAACUCACAAAUUUCUUUAAAUAAUAAACCUUCUCAAUCCGUUAUCAGUUCAAGCUCAAGUAAUACCAAUAUUGUACAGUCAGAUGUAAAGAAUAUUAAUCUCUGGGAAAGCGAUCUUGGAGAUGAUUGGGAGCCAAAAGACUUCAAAAAAGGUAUUACUAAAAAAACCUGA